CCCAACCUCAACUUUCUCUCUCUACUUGAUUUAAUUUCUCAAAAAUUGCAUGUCUUGGUCACAACUCAAAACCCAAUAUUUAUUUCCAAAUCUCACAUGCUUAAACUCUAAAAAAACUCAAAACCCCCCAUUUUUUGUGCUCAAAUCAUCAAUACCUGAGCUAUUUAAUUACUUGUCGCCUUGAAGUUGUUGUUGUCAGAGCAUAGAAAUCAAGGUAUAGAAUUAGAAUAGAAACUUUUGGAGAGAGAGUGUGUGUGUGUAUCACAUCACAAGUGGGAUUUUGUUUAUGUUUUUUAAAAACAUCAUUUGAAGCUUUGAAAUUGGCGUUAUAGAGUGAAUUGGGAAGCUCUUUAGAAUGGCUAAUGCUCAUUGGGACAAACACAGAAGAAGCUUGUUUUUGUUUUGAUUAUAGAAGGAGACAAGAAGAAGGCUAAUGUAGAAGAAAAGAAAAGCAGAAAAAACAAAUACAAGGAAACAGAUUUGUUUGAAUAAACGCAAGUACAUACGACGAUGGAUUUCAGUUAUAACUUUCAGAUUCUUCCAAUCAUUUCCUCCUUUGUUUUCUUCCUCCUGCUGUGUUCCAGUGUUUUCUCAGCCAUGUCAGCGGCGCAAUUUGAAGAUUUCCGGCGAAUGAAUCAAACUUUCCGCCCAGGGGAAGAGUCAAAGAAAAUGAGAUUGAUCAGAACCCAUCUAAUGAAAAUCAACAAACCUUCUGUCAAAUCAAUUGAGAGUCCAGAUGGAGAUGUAAUGGAUUGCGUUUUGGUUCAUCAUCAGCCAGCUUUUGAUCAUCCUGUGCUGAAAGGAACAAAGCCAUUUGACCCACCGGAGAGACCAGAUGGGUAUAAUCAUGCAGGAACGGAGUCGGAAAACUAUCAGCUAUGGAGUUUAUCCGGCGAAUCCUGCCCGGAGGGAACAAUUCCGAUCCGAAGAACAACAGAAAGAGAUAUUUUACGUGCAAAUUCUAUUCAAAGAUUCGGUAGAAAAAUUCCAAAACCAGUCAGAAGAGAUUCUUCUAAUGGUGGCCAUGAGCAUGCAGUUGGAUAUGUAAGUGGAGAAGAGUACUAUGGAGCAAAAGCAAGUAUAAACGUAUGGGAUCCAAAGGUUGGCAGGUUAGCCCAGAGCUCUAUGGAGACAACUAUCCUAGAUUCUUCACUUAUUGGACAACGGAUGCAUAUCAAGCUACAGGAUGUUAUAAUCUGCUAUGUUCGGGUUUUGUUCAAAACGAAUAACAAGAUUGCAAUUGGAGCUGCUAUAUCCCCAACAUCGUCGUAUAAUGGUGGACAGUUUGAUAUUAGCUUAUUGAUAUGGAAGGAUCCGAAGCAUGGAAAUUGGUGGCUUGAAUUCGGAUCUGGGGUCUUAGUUGGGUAUUGGCCGGCCGAUCUUUUCACUCACCUUCGAGAUCACGCAAGUAUGGUUCAAUUCGGGGGUGAAGUUGUGAAUAGUCAAGCCUCAGGUUCUCAUACCUCAACAGAAAUGGGAAGUGGACAUUUCUCUGGUGAAGGGUUUGGGAAAGCUUCAUAUUUUAGGAACAUGCAAGUUGUCGAUUGGGAUAAUAGUUUAAUCCCAUUGUCUAAUUUGAAAGUAUUAGCUGAUAAUCCGAACUGUUACGAUAUUAGAGGUGGGAUUAAUAAUGUUUGGGGUAAUUAUAUUUAUUAUGGUGGACCAGGUAAAAACCCGAGAUGUCCCUAAAUGGGGCCGAGUUUUUAUUGAGUACAAAUACACAGAUGAAAUUUUUAUAGCAAGCUUCAUUGUUUUACUUCGAUUUGGUGAUCAGGUCUCUUUUCAUGUGGGUUAUUCUUUUAAUCUUUGAGGUUUUUAUAGAUUGAACAAAUCUUGUAAAUUAG